AUGGGAACCAGGGCAUUGUCACAUGACAGUAUUUUUAUCCCAGAGGGCUCAGCAGACGAUGGAGCAACGGCAGAAGUGACAUUCCAGGAAAGCUUCCAAGGAAAAGUACGAACCCUUCAGCGCCAGUUGGCAAAAAAUAUUAAAUUUGGCCAGCCCCCACCGACUCUUACUGGGAAAAGAAUGGAAGAUACUGGAAACAAUUCGGAGGUUGAUGGGUUUCUCAGAAGUCCAUUGGAACAAUCCAUUCUGCAAGAAACACAAUUCCUAGGCUCAACACUCAAGUCCAAUGACACAUCCAAUCGACUAAGCUCCUUGAAUUUAGAUGGAACAGGGACUGAAGCAGAAGAGCAGGUUACACCUGUUCGAUCUUCAUGGCCCACAAGCCCCCUCUCUCCAGUGAGUUCUGGUGGGACUAUUGAAUCAAUUAACCUUGAUGCUGUCCCACAGUCUAUGAGCCGCCUGGACAACACUGCUGCUAAACAUAAACUCUCUGUCAAGCCAAGAAAUCAGAGAGUCUCAAAGAAACAUGGGAGACUUGCACAGGGUAUGCGGAGUAUGACUAUCCAUGAAUUUGACUAUGAGCUGGAAGAGAAGGAUCAGAUUCAUGUUGAGAAUGAGCAAAAACAUUAUAAAAUAGAAGAGGAAAAAGGACAAGAAGAGAAAAGACAUCAUAAGGAUGAGGAACAAAAAUACAGAGGUGAAACAAAGAUGCACAGAUGGCAGGAAGCAGAACAAAUACAUCAUGAGAUGGAGAGAAAAAAGAGAUGGGAAGAUGAACAAAAACAGAAAACAGAAGAACAAAGCAUACAAGAGGAAGAUCAGAGACAUUGUGAAAUGGAAGAGCAGAAAUUAAAUGAGCAAGAACAGAAAUGUUGUGAAAUAGAAGAGCAGGAGGAAGAACAAAAAUGUGAAAUGGAGGAGCAGAAAAUAUAUGAGGAGGAACAGAAACGUCGUGAAUUGGAAGACCAGAAAUUACAUGAGGAAGAACAAAAAUGUGAAAUGGAGGAGCAGAGAUUACAAGAGGAUGAAAAGAAAUAUCAUGAAAUGUUGAAACAAAAUAGGGAAGCUGAAAAGCAAUACCAUGAUGAAUUGAAAGUGAAGAACGAGGAACAAAAAUGCUUUGAGGUGGAAGGUCUGAAACAAAAGCAGAGGAAAGAAGAACAGCAUUUUCAAGCUGCUGAAAACAAACAUCUGUAUGAAGAGCAAAUAAAACAAGAUUUGGAAGGCCAAAAGCAACAGAAAGAAAUAGAUGGGCAGAAUGAUUUGAAGGAACAACAAAGGGAAGAAGAGCAGAGUCAAAAGGACACUGAACUGUUAAAUCAAGAAGAGCAAAAAUUCCUUGAGGCACAGGAAGAGGAGCAACGUAGAGGGGAACUUAGAUGGAAAGAGGUAGAUCAAAGACAAACAAUAUCAAGCCCAUUUUCAUUCCAAGUUGCUUCGGGAGAAAAGCAAAUAAUUUUUCAGAAAGUUAAUCUGACCCCUGUGACCCAUCCAAGAGAACCUGUUCCUUCUUUAGAUGUGAAUGACUUACAGCCCUCAACAAAGUCAAGUAAAGGCCUCUCAUCUUCAAUUUAUGUUCCCCAUACAGCCAUUUUGGUUACAGGAGCGCAACUUUGUAGUACAGCUGUUGAUCUGAAACAGAUCAAAGACACUGCCUGCAAGACUUUGCUUGGAUUUUCAGAAGAGAGAAAAACCAUUGAUUUACCACCUAUUGAAAAAUCAAAUAAAUCCAAUCAGGAUACCAGAAUUGGUAAAUCCAAAUUCAGUCCAGAGCAAUCAGUGGACCAGUCAAGAUCAACAGCUUUAACUGAGUGGGCCACCAUUAGGGCUAAAAUUCUUAAAAGCUCUGAUGAAAGGUUUCAAGAAAGAAGAGCCCGUGGCAGAUUUAGUGAUGACUGGACUACCUUCAGAGCUUCCAGUAUGCAUAGCAGCUUGAGAAAAACUCUAUCUGCCAAUGCAAAAUUUUCCAUAACACCUGCAUGGCAGAAAUGGGCAGAUGGCAAUAAGAUCAAUGAUUGUGAGAAAAUAAAUAUCUCUCAUCAAACAGAGAAACAAGAUACACCUGAGGAGAUUGAUGUAGCCAAAGACACAAAAGAUGACUCACACUCAGCAAAUCACAAUAUUAGGAUAGUAGAUGCUACUGAAGGCUACAAGUUUGCCAAAGAUCUUCCAUCAUUUCUAGUUCCGAGUCUUCCUGUUACACCAAGGAAAGAACAUUCACUGUCACAAGCUCAACUUCCAGUUACUAACCAGGCUGCUACAAAUUUGAUCUCUCAAACUGAAGGGGCAAUGGAUACAUCACCAUUUGGUAUAAAAUUAAGGAGGACACACUAUUCCCUUCGGUUCCACUAUGAACAGCAAGGAGAACAAAAACGGAAGAAACGAUAUAGUGCUGGAGAUAGUGUGGAAGGAAUUACAGCCUUCCUCACCUCAAAAGAAAAAGAACAUGAAUCAUACAAUGUUUCUGACAGCUCAAAUAGCAAUUCAGACAUUUCACAGGCUGGGAUUACACAUCUAAGUAGUAUUGAUGUGGCAAAACAUGUUAAAAAUAAACUCGCUGCACUUUCAAAUGAGAAAAUUUCAUCAAAGCCUGAAACAUCUCAAAAACCUGCUUUAGCACCCAAGCCAACACAGUUCACUCCACCUCCAUCCCCCCACAAUACCUUAAACAAGACAAACCUUAUUGAGAGUGCAGAUCACAAAAGCACAAAGACUUCACUUGAUUCAAAUGUGAGAAGAGAAGAUGAGAAGAAUGAUACCUCAGUACAAGCAUACAGAUUAAAGAAUGAAGAAGAGGAAACAAAGGAUAGAAAAUCUUUUUUCCCAUCAAUCAACAUCCCAUGGAGAGAGAGGGCAGACAAAAAAUCAGACUUCAUCAAGAAAGAGAAACCUGUUCUUCAGAGCAGACAUUCUCUGGACAGCUCAAGGCUCGUGGACAAGGUAGAAUCUGCCCAGCCUCUUUGGAUCACCCUAGCGAUGCAGAAGCAGAAAGGAUUCCGCGAGCAGCAGGCUAGCCGAGAGGAGAGAAGGCAAGCCAGAGAAGCUAAGCUAGCAGAAAAACAGGCUAAAGAGAACCCUGACCUUCCGAUUCAGGUCGGGUGAGAUCCAGGCAGUGCAGCUGUCUCCAAAGGAGGUAAUCAUCAUAUGAAUGCACUGCAGAAAUCCAGUCAGGAUGAAGAAAAGAAAAUUGGGAGCAAUAUUAUGUCAAAAGUGGAGCGCCGUGAACACCUGAAAAAAUCUGCCACACUUCCAAAUUCUGUUACAGUUGAAAUUUGUGAUUCGGUAACAUCAACUCAACCUGUGAAAGAAUUACCCAAGAGAUUCUCAACUCCCGAUGCUGCACCAGUAUCCGUGGAACCUGCCUGGCUAGCCCUUGCCAAGAGAAAAGCUAAAGCUUGGAGCGACUGUCCUCAGAUAAUUAAAUGA